AUGGUCGUGGAACCUUCUGACGCCACCACACUUCCCACGUGGCGCAGACAGUCUUUUCUUCUACCAGCGAUGCCGACCGUGGCAGUCAAACUCUAUAGCGUUUUCUUCAAGUUUCUCCUAAAGAACCGUUUGCAGAACCGGAUCCUAGCCCCUGCCGAAGAAUCUAACCCUUUCGGCGUCACGACCCGACCCGACGAGACUGUCGCCGCCGCCAACCCCUCCUUCUCCGACGGCGUCGCCACCAAAGACAUCCACAUCGACAACCUGACUUCCCUCUCCGUCCGAAUCUUCCUCCCCGAUUCCGCACUCUCGCCCGAACCCAAUAUUAAACCUAGCCCCAAAUCCGAACCUGGAUCCGGUGGCUCCGAAACGGCGUCGUCGCGCCUGGCGCGACGCAACAGCUACGAGCCCUCGGUGUUGACGCCACGUGAGGAGACGCGACGGAGCAGUGUCGGCGAGUACCGAGGGUACUUGCCGGCGCCGGACUCUUGCCGGAAAAAAUUACCGGUGUUAUUGCAAUUUCACGGCGGGGGGUGGGUGAGUGGGAGCAAUGAUUCGGUGGCGAACGAUUUGUUCUGCCGGCGGAUCGCGAAGCUCUGCGAUGCGAUGGUGGUGGCGGUCGGGUACCGACUGGCGCCGGAGAAUCGAUACCCGGCGGCGUUCGAGGACGGGAUGAAGGUCCUGAAUUGGCUGGCGAAGCAGGCGAAUUUGGCGGAGUGUAGUAAGUCGUUGGGAGGGAGGAAAUCGGAGGGUCAUAACAAGCAUAUUGUUGAUUCUUUUGGAGCGUCAAUGGUCGAGCCUUGGUUGGCUGCUCAUGGAAAUCCAUCAAGAUGUGUUCUUCUUGGUGUGAGUUGUGGUGCAAAUAUUGCAGACUAUGUGGCUCGGAAAGCUGUAGAAGCUGGUAAACGUCUGGACCCUGUCAAGGUGGUGGCACAGGUCCUGAUGUAUCCAUUUUUUAUUGGAAGUGUGCCCACUCAUUCUGAAAUAAGGUUGGCAAACUCUUACUUUUAUGACAAGGCCAUGUGUAUGCUCGCAUGGAAACUAUUUCUACCAGAGGGGGAGUUUAGCCUAGACCAUCCAGCUGCCAAUCCUCUUGUCCCAGGCCAGGGUCCUCCUUUAAAACAGAUGCCUCCAACAUUGACAGUGGUGGCAGAACAUGACUGGAUGAGGGAUCGUGCCAUUGCAUAUUCAGAGGAGCUUAGGAAGGUGAAUGUUGAUGCACCUGUUUAUGAGUAUAAAGAUGCAGUCCAUGAAUUUGCAACACUUGACAUACUUAUCAAAAGCCCUCAGGCCCAGGUUUGUGCUGAGGACAUUGCCAUCUGGGUUAAGAAAUAUAUUUCGCUUCGAGGUCAUGAAUUCUCUUAUUGA